AUGGCUGAGGUAGUAGGAAUCGCGUCAGCCGCCGUAGGCUUCGCAGCAACAGCCCUCCACGCAGUCCGCGCCCUCUCCAACGACCUGGACGGCAUAAAGGAUGCUCCGCAGACCAUCACCAACGCCAAGACAGAGCUUCAGAGCGUCCAGUCCGUCAUCCAGAGUCUGAAAACCUCGCUAGACCAGCCCUACUGGCAGCCCGUGCUCUCCGACAUUAUCCGCAACGGCAAUCUUGAAGCCACUCUCGGUGCUUGCCGUGACGCCUGUAGUCGCUUUCACGAUGAGCUAAAGAAUCUACUGAGACACUCCAGUGAAGGUGAACUGUCUCGUAGGGACAGGCUCACCGUCGGCUUCUUCUCCAAGGGUAGGGUCGCAGCUUUUAUCAGUGAGCUCAGCGUGUGCAAGUCAACCAUCGGCCUGGCCCUCAGCGGCACAAACCUCAUGGUUUCCAUGGAACAGUUCCAACAGCUUCAGGUACUCGCAAACCAGCACUCCACCGAAAGCCGGCUGCGAAACGACGAGGCAGUUGACCAAGAUCUGGCAGCUGGCAUAGAGAGAGGAGCUCAACUAGCCAAAGGCUGUCAGGGUCUCCUGGCCUUUCUCCAAGCCAAAGUCGACGAGAAUCGUAGGCGGAUAGAGCUAGGAAAUGUGGAAACGCUCAACUCGGCCAGGGUCAUGGCUGGAGUUAACAACACGGACGGCACAGAAGGCGACAUCAACAUCAAGGUCGGCAACGUCAAGGCCGACGGCGGCAAGGCUCUCCUUGGCUACACGAGCAAAGUUGACGUCGACGCAUUUUUCAGAUAG